GCACCGAUCCUUCACAAGAAUAAGCAACUUAGAGAGAGAGAGAGAGAGAGAGAGAGGAGAGGAGAGGAGAGGAGAGGAGAGAGAUUGGAGAUGCUGGGCACGGAGGCGAAGAAGCUCUUAGGGUUUUCUCCCAAUUCUCGCCCCUCUUCCUCUCAGAUUAAAGCAGCAUAUAGAAGAAAAGUGCUAGAGUGUCAUCCCGAUCGUUUCCCAGCACACCAGAAAUCCCAUGCUGAAUCAAGAUUUAAACAGAUUGCGGAAGCAUACUCGUGUCUAAAGGAUGGCACAAAGUUCGGGAGCCCAAUGGAAUCUACAUACGUACGGGUCAUGAGAACCGGUGUUCCGACCGGUUACGGCAGACGCAAUCGAGCUUUGAUUAAGACUCC